UCAGGAUAUCCAGACUGCGGAAUUGCCAGCAGGCCAAGAUGUCGAGCAAGACCUCGGCAUUCGCGGAUCUUUUACAGACGUCUUUGAGCUCUCGGACAAUUUAUCUCAAAUGUGUCCCAGCCCCGGUCAACUUCUCGGAGCGUCGCGGUGUUCUGCGCGCCGUCCAAAAACUUACACAUGAAACUGUCGAGACAUUCAAGAAGCUCGAAGACAAUUCUUCAUUCGUCGUAGUCACGAGCAAACCAGGCACUGCCACUGCCCUCGUCAACGAUUCUCCCAUCAUGCGUGUCAUCAUUGACCAAGAUCCGAACGCCGCCUCUUCAUCCUCCUCCGCCUCUUCUUCAUGGGGAGCUGAAUACGACAUACGAGGAAGCAUAACUACUCCUGUUAAUCCGUAUGCGCCCUCCAGGUUAUUAACAAGGGAAACACCAGCCUUGUCCGAUCUAGGCGUCUCAUAUAAAGUCUUUACCCUACACAUGUUCGCUGCGAAUAAGACGUACAAUCAUAAGGAGGCAAUUAGGAAGAACCCUCUCCACGGGCCAUGGCCAUCCCAUAACGCUAGAGAAACCUUCGUGUCAGCCGCCUUGCAUAGGUCUAUACCCUCUGGUCCCAUGGCUCCAGCGUUGCGGGACUGGCACACCGCCAAUCAAUUAUCGCGCGAUUCAUUCAGUUUUGCAGAUGAGGGCGUCGAAGGAGCAGCAUCUGUUCUUCUCGGGAAAAAACGUCUAUCUUCAAAAGAGAUAUUUUUCCUGGAUCGUAUUAGAGCACGGCGGAAUGCAAAGGGGGUACCGGAUAUCAUGAAAAGUCUGGCUGCAUUUGCGAACGAAAAUGUUCAUGAUUCACCUUCUAACGCCGUCAAUCCGUCUAGGAAGUGGGGUAACUUGUUAACUAAGUCCAACCUUAGAACGAAUACCGACUCCUUGCUUGGUGAAUCAUUCGACGAUGUUCCCUCAGAUCAAGAGAAACCACUUGCCAGUGAAGAUAAAGUCGACUGAGACAAGACUUGCAAGAAGCAUAUACUCUAUUCGGAUUAACAUAUUAUGUUGUUCGCUAUGCUGCCUAGAUCAUAUAUCAUAGUGCGACUAGUUGAACUUGGACAACUACAAAGUAGUUGCCAGAGAUUUUCACGGGUCGAAAAAGAUCCUUACGCGCAUACUGCAUACUCUACCAUAUGCGAUAUACAUCCAGGCGAAGGCUUUAGUAUUGCGCGCCCAGGAGGUGCUAAAAAUCUAACGCUACGUUCUGGUAUACGUUCUGGUAUACGUUCUGGUAUGCGGAUAACAAUAGAUCCUUGCAUCCUGUGAUACGACAUCUCCAAAUCGACCUAACCAGCGUUGCGAGGCCUAUCUCGACCUCACUAUCGAAUUCCAACAUCAGUUUAAAUUUGCUAGAAUCAUCCAGCGUAUGUAUAUCUGUACGACAUAUACGACAUAUACCAACUGCAGUUAAUGACGUGUCGUUGGCUUUGGCUCGGCCGGGGCCGUUGAUACAUCUUGGCUGCAUAUGGUGGACCAUUAGUGCAACUGUGCCAAAAUCAAGAAAAUUAAUGGCACUAUGUCUAAUAGGGUAAUAGUAACGUUAGGGGUA